AAUGAGUGGAACUUCAAGAAUGUUUAAUGUAGGGAAGGUUGUGACAUAAUUUGAUCCCUAAGUAAGAAUUGAUUAAAGCUUCAUUAAGUUGCUAAGCUUUCGUUAAUGAACUCACAUCAAAUUUAGUAUGAAGAGAGACAACUCAACCUGCCUUCAACAAAUCCACUUUCAAUUCUUACAAUCAAUGAUGCCAUUCUUCUUUGUUUUCAAGAAAUAUCAAUUUUGGUAUCCAUCGCCACGAGUUCAAGAUUCAUUCGGAGCUUCGCUUGGGAAUCACUACUUCUAGAUCGAGUCCAAAACAAGCAAUAUAAAAAACAUGGAUAAUGCCCUUUUAUUUUUCUUGAAACAAACUAACUAUUGUAUUUGUAUUAACUAUAAAACAAUAAGAUAUAUGAUUGAUGACUUAUUGUAGAAGAGAGGUAAGUGAAGAAAAUGAGUCUACCAUAGUGUUUGAUUUGGCUUUAGUCACUCACUACUCAACCAAACCAACUUUUUCAAGGUGAUGUUCGUUAGAGACACAUAAAGUGAAUGGAAAUGGAAAACAUUGAAUAUGAUGCAACCCAACAUAUUAGGUUAAAAGAAAAAGUGUAAAGAAAAUGCAUAUAUACAAUCUUGCGUAUGUAUGUGUAUGUCACUUUCAUUCACCAAACGGAUUUGUUUAUAAGAUGUAGCUUGACUUUGUAUAGGCAAUGAUAACAUGUUGACAGGAAAUUGAAUCAUUAUUAUAUUAUAACAAGAAGUAGGGGUAGCUAGGGCUAUAUAUUGUUGUUGUGAAAUCUAAGAUCAAAGGUUGCAUUGAUCGAAGAAAGAACAAUGAGACAAAGAAUGGAAAGGCUUGUGAUUCUUCCGUUCUCAGCUGGUUGCAUCUCUGAGGCCACUGUUGCUGUUGGUGUUCCUCACCCAAGAAGAUCAAAACCAUACACCAAUCCAUCAUCUCCUUCAAUAAAGUUAUUUGAAUUUUCUGGUUUUAUACGGGACGAGACAGAAGGAACAAAAGGUGUUGAGGAUUCAGACAUGAAGAACUCGUUGAAGGUGGUAGACGUUCUUCCAAAGCCUAACCUAUCCAAUGGCUUCAACAGACUGUUCAAGGGUUUCAAGAAUUUCUCUCAAUUGUUUGUGGAGAAAGACGAGUACGAGGAAGAGGAGAUAGACAUGGAAAUAGGUUGUCCAACAGAUGUGCAGCACGUGACACACAUCGGUUGGGAUGGCAUUGCAACUUCUAAUGAUCCUCUCAUUCCUCCACAACUCCUCUCUCUAUCAUCUCAAUCUUUUUCCCACCAACACCCAAAACUUCAAACAUCAUCAUCGUCAUCUCCUAAUUAGUAUUCCACCCUUUUUAAGAAUAUUCUUAUAUGUCUCACUUCAUGUAUCAUUCCUUCACAAUAUAUAUAUUUUGGUGCUUCAAUUUACUA